AUGACCUAUAAUUCUGAAUUGAAAGAUGGGUCGGAUUUGAAUAAGGUUGAGAUUCCUCAAGCUUGUAGAAAUGCCGAAUUCUCUGUAAAUCCCGAUUUGUAUGUAAAGGAUGGAGGUGGGGAUGGUUGUAUCGAUGAAAAUGAAUUGAGGGCAUUGUUUGAUCAAGUUCUUUCAUUUUUCUUGAAAGAAGUGUCUGUGAAUAAAGAUGCAUUUAGGCCUUUUCCACCUAAACUUGGGGAUGGACAGGAGGCUGAUUUAUUCAAACUGUUCUUGACUGUCAGGAGGAUUGGGAGUUAUGAACUGGUUUCGGAGAAUGACAUGUGGGAAUUUGUUGCAAUGGAAUGUGGGUUAGAAAUUGGGCUUGUGGGGUCUUUGAAGUUACUUUAUGUUAAGUAUUUGAAAGAAUUGGAUCAAUGGUUGAUCAAAGGGGGGUUUAAAGAUGAGAAGAUGGAGAAUGUAGAGAUUGGUGUUAUUCAGAAGUUAGAUCUUUUAUCGCGCCAAUUGGAUGGGCAUGGAUGUUCUUUAUCUGAUCAGAUUGGAAAGUCUUUAAGUAAUGGUGAAAUUGUUGGAUCUAAAGAUGGUAAGAAGGGGAUAGAUGUGUCGUUUUUAAGAAUCAAUGGUGAUGACGAAGAAUUGAGGGGCGGGGAAGUUAAAACAUGUGAGUUAUCUCCGGAGAAUGUUGUCAAGAAAGUGGGAUUUUCAGUGAUCAAUGAUGACAACAGAAGAAGCGAGUUAUCGCCUGAAAAAGUUGUCAAAAAGGUGGGACUUUCGGUGAUUGAUGAUAAUGAUGAUGAUGAAGAGUUUAGUGUUGAGGAUGAAAAACAAGUAGGGUUAUCAAUUAAAAAAGAUGAUGAUGGAGUCAACGUUGUUUCUCAUGAUGUCAACAUUGUUGAAAAUGUUGUUAGUUCUCAGAAGAGAAAGCGGGAGGAAGAACAUUUGUCACUAUCAGAAAUGCUAGAUUGGGUAGCAAAUGCUGCGAGGGAUCCCCAUGGUACUGCCAUUGAAGCUUCCAAAGGAAGUUCCAAGGGAAAGAACGAUAGGAGCGAUAAAUUAUGGAAGCAAGUUUUGUCCGCAAGAAAGGCACUUUUUGCUGAACUUAAUGUUGAUUCUGGCAAUGAAGCUGGUGGUUCACAGAAGAAGAACCAGAGGAUGCAUCCUGCUAUGUAUGAAGAUAAAGCUUCUGAAGGAACAAGAUGCAGCGGAAGAGUCGUUAAACCAUCCUCUCGGAUAAAACGUCAGAGGGCUGAAUCCGGAAAAGCUCCAGUGGACCGAACUAGUAAAACUAAUGAACCACAGGAUCAUGAGUACAAUCUGGGGUCACGCUAUCAAGCUGAAGUGCCAGAAUGGACAGGCCCAGUCUAUGACAGUGAUUCCAAGUGGCUAGGAACUCGAAUGUGGCCUCCACCAGACGACCACGAUGAAAAAAACGAAAAGGCUAUUGUACCAGUAGGGCUAGGAAGGCGGGACUCAUGUGAGUGCCUGGUUCCAGGUUCUGCUGAAUGCGUGAGGUUUCACGUUGCUGAAAACAGGUUAAAACUCAAAAUCGAACUCGGCCCUCUUUUCUAUAAAUGGAAAUUCAACCUGAUGGGGGAGGAAGCUUCGCUUUCAUGGCAACCCGAAGAAGAAAAACAAUUCAAAAGCUUGGUCAUUAAGGCGCGGCAAGACUUGGCCCAUAGCAACAAGUCUAGGCAUGAAAUCAUGAACAAGUUCUGGAAAAGAGCUUCGGACUCAAUUCCUGCUAAACCGAAGCAGAAACUGGUGUGUUAUUACUUCAACGUUUUCGUCCUCAGGCGAAGAAGUUAUCAGAACCGUGUUACGCCUAAAGAAAUAGACAGUGAUAACGAUGAACAAGAGGUGGGAACCGUUGGAGACAGAUUUGGAUACGAAAAAAUUCAUGGUCUGAGUCUGAAGUGCUCGGAGAACAAGCAGUGCACAGAUCUUGAAUCUUGAUCGUAUAAUCGUCGUUUUUGUCAUCUUUUUCGUGAAGUUUUCUCAAGAUCCUGAUAGUAGGAAUCUUGAAGUGCCAUCACAUUGGUCGAUAGUUUUUCAGUUUUUUAGUUUUCUGUUGAACUACAGUAGAUUGGUUG